AUGGAUGGGCGUGGCUUAGUGGUCACAGGUAGCCCAAGCUAUGCCUGCUCUGGCCUCCCGGCAGCCUCUUCUGCAGGCACUUAUCCGGCUGCAGAUAAUCGGCUUCGGGUACCUAACGGUGCGCACCCGGUAUACCUGCGGAUGACAUGUGAAAUAUAUCAACAUCUUGCACCGCCAUCGAAAGUGGCUAAAGUAAAUCGUCUUCACUUCUUCGAUCAUUUUUUAAGAAGACCAGCAGAUCGCUCAGAUUGUUCAACUAGUUCUGAGGAGUUUGUUGGGUUCGAGCUGAAAGAAGACGGGCAGGCGAGACGUAAGGUUUCGCAGAACAUGGAAUAG